AAAGAAAAAAAAAGGAAUAAUAACUUUUGUAUUAUUUUGGUGCCUUUAUGAUUGUCAUUACCAUCCAUUUCUAAGUUGUAUCAUUCAGCAAUUGAGUCCUUUGCCUGAGCCAUAGUACAGAUACCGAUCGAGAAGAGACUUGCCAAAUGCUUCAUUUUCUUGUUUUGACUUGUUCUUAAUUUCCAUUCCAGUUUGUACCAACACCUAAAUCCCCGGACCCCAGAUAAUUCUUUCCCCACAAGAAAAAAAGAAAAAAAAAAAAAAAACAGAAAAAAAAGAAAAAAAGAAAAAAAAGAGAGAUAGAAAGUCGAUAUACUAAAGAGCAAGCCUGCGUAUAUGGAGUUUAUUAUGAGUAUUGGGACUUGGAUUGCACAAGAAGUUGCUGAGUACACACUUAGACCAAUUGGACGCCAAGUUUGUUAUGUAGUUCAAUAUAAAACUAACAUAACAAGUCUACAUACUCAGGUUGACAACUUGGUUAAUCUCAAAAAUAGGGUGCAACAUUCUGUUGAUGAAGCUCUAAGAAAAAACGAAAUGAUCGAAGCUGAUGUAGAAAAAUGGCUCGAAAGUGUCAAUGUGGUCAUUGCAGAUGCAAACAAAUUCUUUGAAAAAGAACGCGGAGCAAAUAAUAAGUGUCUCCAUGGUUUGUGUCCAAAUAUAAAGCCAAGACAUGAGCUAAGCAGGAAAUCAACAAGAAUCGUGGAGGAGGUAGCUGAGCUCCAUAGAAGUGGAUCAGGAUUUACUUCUGUUUCAUACAUUCCUCAUCCACAUGGGAUAAAGACAACAUCUAUCACAAGUGUUCUUGAAUCAAGGGUCACAAUUGUGGACAGAAUCGUAGAGGAAUUGGCAAAUCCUAAUAUCAACAUGAUUGGGGUGUAUGGAUUGGGUGGUGUUGGGAAGACCACACUUGCCAAACAAGUUGGCGAGCAAGUUCAAGUGCGAAAAUUAUUUGAUGAGGUAGCUAUGGCAGUUGUGACACAAAAUCCUGAUCCAUAUAGAAUUCAAGGAGAAAUUGCUGAUCUGCUAGGAUUGGAGUUAAAACAAGAAACCAGAGCUGGAAGAGCAUCGGCUUUGAAUAAUAGGAUUUCAAAAGACAAGAAGAUUUUGAUAAUCUUAGAUGAUGCUUGGAAAAAACUUGAUUUGGUGGAUGUGGGACUUGACCCUAUUGGCAAUUGUAAAAUCUUGUUUACUUCAAGAAGUCGAGAAAUAUUGUCAGAAAUGGGCACACAGAAAGAAUUUAGGCUUGAAGUGUUACCUGAGGAGGAAACUUGGAGUUUAUUUGAGAAGCAGGCAGGUGUUGUUGUAAAAGAUCCCGCUAUAAGGAAUGUAGCGGUUGAAGUAUCCAAAAGAUGUGGAGGUUUGCCGGUUCUAAUCAUCACUGUCGCAAGUUCUUUAAGAAAUAAAAGCUUACAUUCAUGGAAAGAUGCCUUGAGAUGCCUAAAAAGGUUGGAUAAGGAUGGAAUGCAACAAAAAGCAUUCUCUGCUCUAGAGUGGAGUUACAGCCAGCUACGCGAUAAUGAGACAAAGUUAUUGUUCUUGUUAUGUGGAAUGGUUCUGGACAAAAAUACCAUUUUCAUCAAUGAUUUGCUUAAAUACAGUUUUGGUUUGGAUAUGUUUGAAAAUGUCGAUACGUUGAGUGAAGCGCAAGAUAGAUUGCAUUCACUGGUUGAUUGCCAAGAUGCUUGUCUGUUGCUUGAUGGCGAUGAUAGUCAGCAUGCCAAAAUGCAUGAUCUUGUAAGGGAUGUUGCUCUCUCCAUUGCUUCCAAAGAGCAACAAGUCUUUUCACUAGCAUAUGGAAAUGAUUUGAAAGAAUGGCCGAGAGAGGAUUUCCUUAAGAAUUGUACUAAAAUCUCUUUGCCUUUCUGCACUGUCCCUGAGCUUCCUACAAAGUUUCAAUGCCCAAAGCUAGAAAUGUUUUUGUUUCAUAAUUACCAGUCAGAACCGAAAGUCCCAAAUAGUUUCUUUGAAGAGAUGAAAGAGCUCAAAGUGCUUGUUUUAACCAAACUUUCUGAACUUUCACUACCUCCAUCUCUUCAUUCCUUAACAAAUCUUCACACAUUAUGUCUAGAUGGAUGCAGCAACUUGGGAGAAAAUGACAUAGUUCUAGUUGGAAGGCUAAGCAAUUUAGAAGUACUUAGCUUGAAAAGUUUGAGCUUUCAUAAGCUGCCCAAGGAAAUAGGGCAAUUGACUUGUCUGCGCUUGUUGGAUUUGAGCCAUUGCUCUAAUCUCGAAGUUAUUCCACCGAAUGUGAUAUCAAGCUUGAGCAUAUUAGAAGAGUUGAAUAUGAAAGAAAGCUUUGACAAAUGGAAAGCCGAAGGAGUCACUGUAGGGGAAGAAAGAAAUGCUAGUGUUUCAGAGCUAAAGCACUUGUCUCAGUUGACAACAUUGAAUGUGCAUGUUCCGGAUGCAAGCCUUUUGCCAGCAAACUUAUUCUCUAGCAAGUUAGAAAGUUUCAUAAUAUCCAUUGGUAGUGGAUGGAGUAUAUACAAUCUUCGAUCUGAUGUCUCGAAGAUGCUAAAACUUGGGCUCACAAGAAAUCAAUUGGAUGAGAGUUUGAAGAUGCUAGUUAAGAAAUCUGAAGAUGUGUGCUUGACUUUUUUGGAAGAUGAUGACGAUGCUAAUAAUAUUAAUAUGAUUCCUGAACUGGACGGUGGAGAAGGUUUUCCACAAAUGAAACAUCUAGACAUCCAAAGGACUCCUAGUAUUAAACAUGUCAUAGAGUCAACUCAUUUGAAUUCUUCUUCUCAUCCUGCUUGCUUCCUCAACUUGGAGUCACUAUCUCUAAGUGAGCUCAUCAAUUUGGAAAGUAUAUGUUAUUUUCAGCCCAGAAUAGAGUCUUUUGGAAAAUUAAGAAUCAUAGAAGUUGAUAACUGUCCUAGAUUGAGGAAUCUUUUCCCAGUUCAUGUGGCCAAGUAUAUCUUCUUGCACCUUCAGGAACUAGAAGUGAAGUCUUGUGGAAUAAUGGAGGAGAUAUUAGUAGAGGAAAAAGAAGAUAGUAAUUUCGAUAUUGAUCAAGUAACAUUUCCCAUUGAAUGUUGUCAAUUACAAUCUUUGAAACUCUCCUCUCUUCCGCAGCUAGUCUGUUUCUCCUCUGAAAGCAACAUGGCGGCUACAUCUAUGCAACUGUUCAAUUGGAAGGUUGUAUUUCCCAAUUUGAAGGAAUUGUCAAUCUAUUACCUGUCUAAGCUGGCAAGCAUAUGGAGUUCUUCAAGAUUAUCAGCCACUCAUGAUCAUCGGUUGGAUAACUUUCGAAAUUUGCAUAAAGUAGAAAUCGAGGGGUGCACGAAUUUGAAAUAUGUUUUUUCUGCUUCUGUGGCCAGAGGUCUUGAGCAGCUGGUGAAGCUAAAGGUAGAAAGUUGCAUGGCGAUAAAGGAAAUCAUUGCAAAGGAAGAAGAUGAUCAGAAUCAGGAACUAAUCCUUGAGUUCAUGUUCCCAAAACUACAAACCCUUCAACUUCUACAGCUGCCACAACUUAGAAAGUUCUAUCCAGGAAUGUAUACUUCCAAGUGGCCCUCAUUGGACUAUCUUGUGAUUUUUGGAUGUGAGAAAAUUGAAACUUUUGCAGCCCAUAUUUCAACUUUCCAUCACACCACUACUACUCCUUUCUUUUUCAUUGAAAAGGAUUCAUUCCCCAAGUUGACUGUAAUGUCGUUUAGCGGAAAGGAGAUUUUGUAUGGUCCACUCCCUCCAGCAAAGUGUUUUCCCACAUUAACAGAUCUUAAUCUGUCUUGUGUACACUUUACCUCAGCUGAUUUUCCAUUUGCUUCUCUUGACAAGUUACCAUGUCUGCAAAAGAUUGAUGUGUACCGAGCUUUUUACAAAGUUUUAUUCAUGGAACAACAAACACCUAAAGGGCAGAUUAAUAAUGGGGGAGACUUUGCAGCUUUAACAUACUUGAGGCUUUUUAAAUUACCCAAGCUGGUGUAUCUGUCAGAUGCCAACAAGUCCAACUCCAACUCCAGCUCCCACUCCCACCGUGCAGCUGAUGAUCAUCGGCCACUUGUACUUUUCCCAAACUUGGAAGCUCUGAUAGUGGAGGAGUGUCGUAGAUUGAAGAAUCUACAAUCAUCAGCAAUCUCAUUCCACAAUCUAACAUGUUUGUCUAUAGAUUUAUGUGACGGGAUGAGAUAUUUGUUUACUGGUUCCAUUGCCGCAACUGGUUUGAACCAACUCAAAACUUUGGCGGUUAAAAGUUGUAAAAGGAUGACAGAAAUAGUAUCCACCACCAGAAGGGAUGGAGAUGGGGAUGAAGACCCACCAGCAGCAUCAGCAGCAGCAGCAGCGGGAGGAAGUAUAACCAUUCUCAGCCGCUUGAAAGAUUUGUCACUUACAAAUCUACCAAGUCUUUCAGGGUUUUGCUCCAGAAAUUCGAUGCUUAAUGUCAAACUUCCAUCCUUGGAAACCUUAAGCGUUUCUGAGUGCUGCCUUGAGAUGGAGAUUUCCCCUGAUGGAACACUCAUUGUAACUCUUGAUCCUACAAACCAAGCUCAAAGACUAGCACAGAUAGCAGAAGAAGGUGAAGAACAAGAUGAUGAAAAAAUUGUACGAGACUAGCAUUAGAUGAAAUGCAUUAUUCAUUCCGUAGUAAGCAGGCAUUGAGUGAUUUCAUGAGCGAGCUGACUAAUUUGAAAAUACAUACAGGAUUUUUAUAGGUAAGUGUCAUGAACUUUAUAACAAAAUCACAAUCAAUAUUCUAGAAUUUCUUCUAUUAAUUAAUAUCAAAUUUACAUCAAAGAAUUUUUGUAAACCAAAACAAUAGGAUUAAUAUUUGAUGCAGAUUCUAGAUCAAAACAUUUACAUAUUGCCUUUCAACGAAAGAUCGACUUGGUUAAAAAAGUCUGUACUGCUUUUGUCCUACUGCAGUAAUCUGUAACAAGGUGGAUGAAAAUUUGGUGUAAAAUUGCAGGUUCUUGAGUGCCGAUUCAGCUCACUUUGCUGUUUGCAUAAGGCUGUAAUAAAGCAAGAAAUGACUAUUUCUUAAUAUUUGUGAGAGAGAUUGUGAACGACACAAUUCGAUCAAAUUGGGAGACCUUUGCACUCAUUAAUUAUUUUAUUUUAUGCAUACAAGUUUCACAGUACGGCAACUGAAGGAAUCCAAGAAAAAAGAGUCGGUAAAAAACAAAAAAGUUUAUAUUUUCACUAGCAUUGCUUGGUUAAAUUGAUUCUGAUCUUGUAGUCAUACUGUUGUAGGACUAGUUAUACAUAUAAAUGCAA